UUGGAUUUAUGUCUCUUUUGUGUACAGUUAUAGAUGUAAUACUAUGUAAAUACAUAUUAAAUCGUGAUUUGUACGCAACUGUUCGAUAUUGAGUUACAAAAAUUGAAUUGAUACUUUUUUUCCACAAAUCAAUAAUAUAUACAUGUAUAUAUCUACGCGAUAAAAAAAGUGAAUUGAUUCGUGAUUGAGUUGCAAAGUGAAACGUUUGUAGGCUUUUUAAAAAUCAUUUAAGUAAGUGACGUUUAAAUUUCAAUAAAAGAAAAAUGGGAGAUUCCGAAGACGAGAAUGAGAAAGAUUUUGCGUCUGGCCUCAAUAUUACUGGUUUCCUUUUUGGCAAUAUUGAUGAUAAUGGUCAAUUAGAAGAUGAUAUCUUGGAUCCUGAUGCCAAACAACAUUUAGCUUCUCUCGGUCGUCUUGGUUUAAACUCAUUUAUCAACGAGAUGAUGCGGAAUGACUGUAGUAACGAAGAAAAAGAAAGCGAAACAGAUAAUAAGUCAGAAAGUCAGAAUACAACUGUAAAUGAUAUGGAUGUAGAUUACUUUACAAAAUCACCUACAGCUUUAGACUUUUCUGAUAUAAAUGAAUUGGCAGAUGAUACAAAUGAAGAAACUUCUAAGAAUAACGAACUUAAUAAGAAAACAGAAAAAGAGAAUGCAGAUUAUGAUGCUGAUGAUGAGGAAGUUGACAACAAGUCAGAUAAACAAUUGAUGCCACCUCCACCAAUACCCGAGGAAAAGGAAAUGCUGACAGCAGAGGAGGCAGAGGCAGCACGUCAACGUAAACUGGAAACUCCUCUGGCUUCUAUGUUGCCAUCAAAGUAUGCUGAUGUUGAUGUUACUGAAUUAUUCCCAGACUUUCGCACCGAUAAAGUUCUUAGAUUCUCAAGAUUGUUUGGUCCUGGCAAACCAAGCAGCUUACCACAGAUUUGGAGAGGUGUGAGAAAGCGACGUAAGAAGAAAAAACACCAUGAUGUUAAAGAUUCGGAUUCUGGUUCUGAUCUGGAAGAUAAAAGACCUAGAUUCAAGGGGUGGAUUAUGCAAUAUGGUCCAGAACCUAGUGCAGAGGCAUGUCGUUCUGAUGAUGAGAGCAAACUGUUGCUACCAGUAGAAGAUAAAGAACAAACUGGAAAAAUGGGUGAGACAGGAGAAAAUGGCGAUAUGGGACCCAAAGUAGCUGAUUGGAGGUUUGGGCCUGCACAGUUGUGGUACGAUAUGCUUGAAGUGCCUGAAACCGGAGACGGAUUUAAUUAUGGUUUCAAGACAACUGAAAAAACAGAGGAGCAAGAAAACAGCAUGUCGGAAGCGAAGGGUGAGGAAUUUGCUGAUGAUGCAUUCCUAAUGGUAUCUCAGUUGCACUGGGAGGACGAUGUCGUCUGGAAUGGAGAUGACAUAAAGCAUAAAGUAAUGCAGAAAUUGAAUAGUAAGAACAACGCAGCUGGUUGGGUACCUUCUAGUGGUAACAGAACUGCACAAGCCUUUAGUCAGCCAGGGAAAGGUGCGCCUGUCCCUAUGGCACCUAAUGUUAGACUAGCUACUUCACAAAUUACCACGCCGUUGCACAUGCAGUCUCAGAAGAAUAAGAUUAAUAUGGGAAAAGGAAAUCAGCAGCAGCAGCGAGAGGAAAAUUACGACGACACUUGGUACUCUAUAUUCCCUGUGGAAAACGAAGAACUGGUCUAUGGUUUGUGGGAAGAAGAAGUCAUUUGGGAUCCAGAGAACAUGAAAAAAAUUCCGAAGCCAAAAAUUCUUACGUUAGACCCAAAUGAUGAGAAUAUAAUUCUGGGCAUACCUGAUGAUAUCGAUCCGGCUCUUCUGCACAAAGAUAACGGUCCUCAACCUAAAGUAAAGAUUCCGCAUCCGCACGUGAAGAAGAGCAAGUUAUUGUUAGGCAAAGCAGGUGUUAUUAAUGUUCUCGAAGAGGACACUCCGCCACCACCCCCAAAGUCGCCCGACCGAGAUCCGUUCAACAUAUCAAAUGAUACGUAUUACAUGCCGAAAUCUUCGGAAACUACUCUGAGGCUGAAGGUCGGUGGUGGCAACUUGAUACAACACAGCACUCCUGUAGUGGAGUUACGUGUGCCUUUUGUACAAACACACAUGGGUCCAAUGCGAUUGAGGAAUUUUCACAGACCGCCAUUACGAAGGUUUAGUCAUGGUCCAUUAGCUCUUCCAGGACCUCACAGUGUCUCGCCUCUGCUGAAGCACAUUAAAAAGAAAGCAAAGCAACGCGAACAAGAGAGAAUUGCUUCCGGUGGAGGUGACGUGUUCUUUAUGAGGACACCUGAGGACUUGACUGGAAGGGACGGUGAAUUGGUUCUCAUCGAAUUCUCCGAGGAACAUCCGCCGCUUAUGAAUCAGGUCGGUAUGUGCUCUAAAGUGAAGAAUUAUUACAAAAGGAGAGCUGGCAAAGAUCAAGGUCCACAGACAUAUCGAUAUGGCGAAACGGCAUACGCUCACACUAGCCCUUUCCUCGGUAUUCUUACGCCCGGACAAAGUAUUCAGGCUAUCGAAAACAAUAUGUACCGUGCGCCCAUCUACGAGCAUAAAAUUCCUGAUACCGAUUUCCUGGUUAUACGAACGAGACAACAAUAUCACAUUAGAGAAGUUGAUGCACUAUUUGUUGCUGGACAAGAAUGUCCACUCUAUGAAGUGCCAGGACCUAAUUCGAAGAGAGCAAACAACUUUGUACGAGACUUCUUGCAAGUCUUUAUAUAUCGGCUAUUCUGGAAAUCGCGUGAUACUCCGCGACGGAUUAAAAUGGAUGACAUAAAAAAAGCUUUUCCAUCUCACAGUGAGAGCAGUAUUAGAAAGAGACUAAAAUUAUGUGCAGAUUUUAAAAGAACCGGCAUGGACUCCAACUGGUGGGUGAUAAAACCGGAUUUUAGAUUGCCAACGGAAGAGGAAAUCCGCGCAAUGGUGUCGCCCGAACAAUGUUGCGCGUAUUUCAGCAUGAUAGCAGCUGAGCAACGUCUGAAAGAUGCCGGAUACGGCGAGAAAUUUUUAUUCACUCCGCAGGAUGAUGACGAUGAAGAUAUGCAGCUUAAGAUGGAUGACGAGGUGAAAGUGGCGCCAUGGAAUACAACGCGUGCCUACAUUCAAGCCAUGAAGGGGAAAUGUCUACUACAAUUAGCCGGUCCUGCCGAUCCUACCGGCUGUGGCGAAGGUUUCUCAUAUGUUAGAGUGCCAAAUAAGCCUACUAUUAGCAAGGAGGAGCAAGAGGCUCAACCAAAGAGAACUGUGACUGGCACAGAUGCAGAUCUGAGGAGAUUGUCAUUAAACAAUGCAAAAGCAUUGCUACGAAAAUUUGGCGUACCUGAGGAAGAAAUUAAAAAGCUGUCUCGUUGGGAAGUAAUCGAUGUGGUGCGAACUUUGUCGACGGAGAAGGCAAAGGCCGGCGAAGAAGGUAUGACCAAGUUCUCGCGAGGCAAUAGAUUUUCCAUCGCCGAGCAUCAGGAGCGUUAUAAGGAGGAAUGCCAGCGCAUCUUUGACUUGCAAAACCGCGUACUGGCAUCGAAUGAAGUGCUGAGUACAGAUGAAGGUGAAAGUUCGGAAGAGGAUAGUUCCGAUAUCGAAGAAAUGGGUAAAAACAUCGAAAAUAUGCUGUCGAACAAGAAGACUAGCACGCAACUGUCACUAGAACGAGAGGAGCAACAGCGACACGAGUUGCGAAAGUUGUUGAUAGACGAGGCUCAAGAGCAAGAUAAUAAAAAGAGCAAAGAGAGCAAAAAAAAGGAUGAGGAAGAUGACAGUCCGGUAAACAACUUCAAUGCGCAACAGGGUCGCGUAUUAAAGAUCUAUCGUACUUUCCGGAAUCCGGAAGGCAAAGAGUUUACGCGAGUUGAAAUAGUCAGAAAGCCCGCGGUAAUUGACACGUACAUCAAGAUUCGUAACUCAAAAGAUGAAACGUUUAUUAAGCAAUUUGCGACGUUGGACGAAGCGCAGAAAGAAGAGAUGAAACGGGAGAAACGCAGAAUUCAAGAACAGUUGCGGCGAAUCAAGAGGAAUCAGGAAAGAGAUCGUAUGUUGGGUGGUAACGGGACGGCGGUUAUAAAUGGUAACGCCAUUAACGUCUCGAACAACAACAGUACGUUUGACCGUAGCGGCACUAAUACUCCAACAACCACUUCCUCGACCAGUAUCCUUCCAUUCUGUAAUUUCCAAUCCUCUUCUACUUCCGCGUCUAAACAUACUAAACCAGAACCAUCUGUUCCCAAACGUAAAAAGCCUAAACUUAAGCCAGAUCUUAAGCUCAAGUGCGGGGCCUGUGGCAACGUCGGUCAUAUGCGAACCAACAAAGCAUGUCCGCUUUAUCAAAACAGCAUCACCACGGCACCCGUUAAUGUCGCAAUGACAGAGGAACAAGAAGAGGAGAUUGAGAAACAGCUAAAUACUGAUGAUCAAGAUUUAGUAAAUGUUGACGGCACCAAGGUAAAGCUGUCAUCAAAAUUGAUCAAGCACGCUGAGGAGAUGAAGAGACGCACAUUGCUUCUCAAAGUACCUAAAGAGGCAGUAAAUUCAAAAAAACGCAGGAAACCGCCCACAGAUGAUCAUUGUGAUUACUUGAAACGACAUCAAAGACCAGUUAACAGGCGUAGAACGGAUCCGGUUGUCGUAAUGUCAACGAUGUUGGAAAGUAUUCUGAACGAAAUGAGAGAUCUUCCAGAUGUGCAGCCGUUUUUGUUUCCCGUUAACGCCAAAGUUGUUCCUGAUUAUCACAAGAUCAUUCAUCGACCUAUGGAUCUACAGACUAUAAGAGACAAUUUAAGGCAGAAGAAAUAUCAGAGUAGAGAAGAGUUCUUGGCAGAUGUUAAUCAAAUCGUAGAAAACUCAACGCUUUAUAACGGAGCUAAGAGUUCAUUAACUGUGGCUGCUAAAAGAAUGUUGGAUACGUGUGUCGAAAGACUUGGUGAGAAAGAGGAUCGUUUGAUGAGGCUGGAAAAGGCCAUCAAUCCUCUUCUUGAUGAUGAUGAUCAAGUUGCUCUUACGUUUAUUUUGGAAAACGUCAUUAAUAACAAGUUGAAAUCUAUGCAAGAAGUAUGGCCGUUUAUGAAGCCCGUCAAUAAAAAGAUGGUGAAAGACUAUUAUAAUAUUAUCAAAAGGCCGAUGGAUCUAGAAACAAUAUCUAAAAAAGUAGCUGCGCAUAAAUAUCACAGUCGUUACGAUUUUCUCAAAGAUAUUGAACAAAUUUUGGAGAAUUGUAUACUUUAUAACGGCAAAGAUUCUCCGCUUACAAACAAGGCAGAGUUGCUAGUCAAAGUGUGUAAAGAGACAUUAGACGAGUAUGAUGAACAUCUAACUCAACUAGAGAAAAGUAUAUUACUUGUACAGAAGCGUGCAAUGGAACAAGCCGAUAUCGAUUCCUCAUGGCUCGGCCCAGAUGAGGAAAAUUAUACUAUUGCGGAACCUGAAUUCAGAGGCAGCCAAACUAGUUCUCCGGAAAAUCCAUUUAACAAGUCGAAUAUGGACGAUUUCGACUUUGUAGAUGUAGAAGGAGACAUGGAAAUUGAUAGAAAUUCGAAGAAAAAAGAUGUACUCGAAGAAGAUCUUCAAUUCUCUAGUGAAGAUGAAUUUGAUGAAGUACCUUUUAAUACGGAUGAACAUUCCGAGCAAAACGAGAUGGAGACACUGGAGUUGGGCGAAGUCAGAGAAGAAGCUGUCGUAUUAGCGGAUGAUGACAGUCAACAGGCUGCCGAAGCAAUGGUGCAAUUAGGCAAUGUCGGUUUUUAUGUAGGUGAACAACAGCUUCUUCAACAAGAUGAGAGCAUGGAUGUUGAUCCAAAUUACGACCCGUCAGAUUUUCUAUUGGCCGGUUUGCCGGCCAGAGACGAGAAAAGCGAAAAUAAAAUUCAAGACGAUUUGGCCGUUUCUGAAAGUGACGAUGACACUGAGAGCGUCGUUAAACAACAGAACCAGCAACAGCAGCAUCUACAACAACCGGAUGAGGAUGUCGGGGGUGAUUUAUGGUUCUAAGCAUGUUUUGCUACUUUGUUAUAAAAACAUGUAAGAAAACAAUAUUUUGAACAUGUUAAACAAAACAAACUAAACAAUUAAAAAUGGAUCCGCAUUUAUAGUUGCGGUUUUACUUGUUUCUUCGUCGAUUCGUGGAAAGAAAUUGAAUGUACGUCAGUUUAUGACUUGAGUAGUUUCUUAGUACUACUAAAGAUACGACUCGAUUUUGAGAAUUUUGUCUGGAUAUGUAUCGGUAUCUUUUAGAAAUUACAUAAUGGCCGUGUUCAAAAGAAUUUAGCGUUUUGUCUGUGGGGUUAGCCUAUUCAUCUAGAUUUAUAAAUGUGAAAGUAUAUGUCAGUGACACAACAAAGUAAUAAUGACAAAGCGUUUAUUAUAUGCUCGAUUUUGUUGAACUCGACUAUUAUCUACUCUGAUUCCAUGAUAUAUAUUACAGGUUGUUCGGAAAGUUCGCAGCGUUUUUCAAUAAAUGGCAUUGUCAUAGAUGGCAAUAUAUACUCGAAACAUUACGCAGAUACUAAGCAUAUCGAACAGCACCGUAUUUACAAAAUAUUUCCAGAAGUCAAAUUAUGGCUGCAUCCAAUAUUCAAAACGAGAUCUAUAAUAUAUGUCACAUAAAUUAUAGAUUUUGAGUACUGACAGUGAAUAACGCAGUCUAUGCGAGUAAAUACAAUAAGCUUUUAAAUUUCAUUAAAAAACCACUACUUCUCAAACAACCUAAUAAAUAAUGUUUAAAUACAUAUAUUACAUUCUACAUUAUAUAUAAUGUACAAUGUAAUAUAUGUAUAAUAUAUAUGUAUGUUUUUUUAUAUAGCUCUUGAAAUGAGAUUCAAGUAACGACUAUAAAUAUGGGUCUGUACAAACACACACACACACACACACACACACACACACAUAUAUAUAUAUAUAUAUAUAUACAAAUUUAUCUUGUAACAAAAUUGAUUGAAUAGUUUAGGAAGUUAUCAUUUACUCUUCUUAUUUACGUAUGCGCAUACACAUAUACGUACACACAAUUCAAGUGUGUACAUACAUACAUAUAUAUA